CGCCCCGCUGCGGCGCCAGCGGCCUCCGCCCGGCAGGAGGCGCGCGAGUAGCCGCCCCGCCCCCUGCGCCGCCAGCCUGAGGCUCGGCUCGCGGCGCGGGAAGUAUUCAGAAUUAAUUAAAAUGUCUUCCACCAAACCUCCAAAUGAAAAUGAAACACCCAAAGAGAGAAUUCCAGGAUUGAGGGGUGUUCGAACAACCACACUCUUCCGAGCUGUGAACCCAGAGCUUUUCAUUAAACCUAACAAACCUGUGAUGGCAUUCGGACUUGUAGGAAUUACCCUCUGCGUGGCCUACCUUGGUUAUCUGCAUGCAACAGUAGGGAAUAAAAAGGACCUCUAUGAAGCAAUUGACAGUGAAGGGUCCAGAUAUAUGCGGAGGAAAACUUCCAAGUGGGACUGAAGGAGGAAGGAAGGAAAUCUGCAAAUCAAUCACAGAGUUUUUCAAGGCAACUACUAUUUCUUUCUCUGUCCAUUGAAAUAAUGGAUAAAUGUCUCCCUUGCCAUUUAAUCCAAUUUAUGUUCCAUUAUAAAUUUCAUGCAUCUAAAAAUAAAUGGUAAUUAAGAUAUAUACAAACAGUAAAGUGAUUUUAAGAAUUGUUGCCUGGGAUCUUCACAACAUGUCAGAAGAGACACAAUUGACUGAUGUGCAGACUAGACUGGUAAAUGCCCAUAGAAAUGUAUAUGAUAGUUCAACUCAUUCCUCUGUUUGAUUAAGGUGAAAACAAGGGUUUGUCUAUUAUUUUUUAAACAGGAGGUAUAUUACAUUGUCUGUGAAAAGAUAAAGUUGACCUCUUGUUCUGUUGAAAGUUGACAAUUACAAUUUUGCAAGUAAAAUAUUUUUAAGGUAAUGUUAGAUCUGAUAAAAAAGUUGCUGAAGGGUUUUAUUUAAUGAAGGAAAUUGUAAAAUACAGACCAAAAUGAUCCUUGGA